GCCGGCCCGCAGAGCCAGAACACAACGACGAAGACAGAGCUGGCCAUUCCGGGGAGGGGUGUGGUUCGGCCAUUCCCAGGUUCGACAGUCGCGAAGACGCCCACCCUUCGCUACCAUGGUUGCGAAGGGAGACGUGAUGGGCGCCUAUUGCCUUGUGACAUUUUUCGGUGCUUCCAUCCUGUUCGGAGUGAAGCACCUGCUCCUCCGAGACGCUACCUUCAGCCGAUUAAGCAAAGCCGCCGACUACGUCCCAGCUGUCGAGAUUGCUGCAUGGGUCUUGACUUGGUAUGGCGUGAGCGUCUCCAUGGUCAUGGCCAACCGCUGGCUGUUCUAUGAGUGGCAAGGCGUGGGGUUUCCUUUUCCUGUGCUCACGACGAUGGUUCACAUGUGGUUGAAGGUUUUGGUGACGAGGGUGAUGUAUUGUUUCAAGGGAGAGAAGCCGCCGCAUCUGGACGUGUCUGUGAACCUGCGGACGGUUAUCCCCAUUGGGUUGGCGACGGCAGGAGACAUCCUUCUGUCGAACCUUUCCUUCAUGGUAGCGACGGUCGCCUUCUACACCAUUGUCAAGUCUGGCUCGCUAAUUUGGAUUCUACUGUGGGCGGUAGUGUUCAGAUUCGAAGCGUUGACGCCCAAGAUGGUAUCUGUGGUGCUCAUAACUAGCGUGGGGCUAUUUCUGGCGAGCUUGGGGGAGACAGAUUUUUCCACCGAGGGGCUCCUGCUGAUCCUGGGCGCUUCCUGCUUGUCAGGGCUAAGGUGGGGUUUACUGCAACUCCUCCAAGCCAUAGAGCCGAGUUGUCACGACCCUUUGUUGGUCAUCUACCACAUCGCUCCAUCGAGCGCGAUAGCGAUGACGCCGAUGGCUUUGCUGGAUAUACUGGAUGAAAACCUGAAGGGUGCGGCCGUGACUCCCGGGUCGAUUGCACAGGUGGCGGUGGUGAUCCUCGGGACCGGGUUGUUUUCGUUCGCGCUUAUUUUCGCGGAGGUGAAACUGCUAGCGAUCACGAGUAGCUUGACGAUGGGCGUGUUCGGAACGGUAAAGGAGAUUGUGCAGAUAGUCCUCGCGGUGCUGGUGUUUAACGAACAAGUUACGUGGUUCAAUUUGGUGGGGCUCGGUUGGGCGAUUGUUGGGAGCAUGCUGUACAAGAUUUCUCGUGCGAAGCCAAGUGCCCGCAACGGGGAAGGCGGGGGCGUCAAGGACGCGAGGCGGCCGGCGCACAAUGCACAAGGGGACGAAAAGGCCAACGCGGGAGUUAACAUGCCUUAUUCGGCGGUUUCGCAGCAAGAGGUGGACGAAGAACUCCGAGUGUUCAAGUACGAAAACACGGAAUGGGAAUUGGAAGGAGAGUUGGAGGAGUUCAGCUCGUUUGACGGUGGCGGGAGAUGACGCCACGAGCAGCGACAUGUCCACUUUGUUGGUGCCCACGUCGCUUUUCCGCGGCGUUAGACGUCACCCGCCUGCCGCACGUCGGGGAUUCUUCAUGGGACCCGUGGGACAGGACUCUGAGCGCCGUGACAAUACGUUGAUGGAAAUAGCAAAACGGCAGUCCGUGGCUGCGGUGUCUAGACUAAAGGAGUCUGGGCGUGUUUGUUUUUGGUGCGGAGCUGCUCCUUUGUCAGGGUAAUAUGCGGUCGUUCUCCGGGCAAAGGUUCCACCUCGCUGUGUGUCAACGCCCCUUCUUCCAUUUUUUGUCUGCUCUUCGCGUUGUUUUUUUUUGCGUUUUGGUGGUGUCUCUGCUCAACUCAUUCUGUUGACAAGGUCCCCCGUUAGUGCAGCAUGGACGCAAGGAAUGAGGACCCUUCUUUUUCGGGAUCCGGUGCCAUUCGGGGUGGGGAGUGCAUAAGGCUUCAGUCGAUGGUCGCCAUAUCCCGUUCCAGGGGGCUUUGGCCGCAAUAUAGCGGUACCCGUACUCUUUCGAGACCGCGCUAGUUACUGAGAGGACCUGACCGUUGACCGGUGGUACUUCAUUCAUACCGUGAUGCGUUGCAAAAUUGAGGGCGCUUUCCUCGGAAGGUUUUGUAUUGAUGUUGUUGUUCGUGGUGCCUCGUGGGGAGGCUGUGCUUCUUUUGUAGAGUUAGGUGUAACUGGAUACUUUCUGUUAAGGUGGGUGUUUGUUGUCGUAUUCACCUAGCGAGAUGCCCGGGCGAAAUUAUCGCUAGUGUUGGACUACAUUAUUGUUUCUGCUGUCGUGUCGCUUGUUUGCUCUCGGCGGGGUGAUCCGUUUUCACGGCUUGAUUUAAUAGCAAGACUGGCGAAAGAUAAGAGCAGCAUGUUCAUUCCUUUCUUGGGUCGCCUUGUCUGAAUGGAGGUCAUUCAGUCGAAGAGAUUCCCUGUGUCUUUUGUCGUCGCGUCGUGCUUUGCACUUGUGCGGAUGGGGUGCUGAGGUCAGGGAUUCUUGAGGGCGCGCGGCGUGCCAUUACGUCGAGAGGCAAAAGAUUCGGCAGGUUCCUUGGACAACAGGACCAGCGUUGGAAACUCCGACAACACACACAUACCCGCGGCACGUAAGACUGCAACACGCUUGUUUU